UUAAAACGUCAAAAGUUGUUUAUAAAAAAAGUGCUGUAUUGAUUUUUCAUCGCAGGUCCCAGAUUUUCCUGUAAAAAGCUCCCUGAAGCGAGCUAUAGUGCGCUCCGGGCAGCUACCCUUGCUGGUUGCAUCCCCAAACACAGCUGCAUUACUGAAAACAUUAAUUAUUCCCUUCACUUUUACAGUUUCGGCUGACUGAAUAAAUUAGCUGUGAAUAAAUUAAACAUUUUCGUGUGUUUUACGUGAAUUUAUCGUGUUUUGUGUCGUGAUGAGCUCCAUAGCGCAACAGGAAUCGCUAGUGAAGGAGAGUUUAUUUCAAUUUAUCACAAGAAAUAUCCCAUCUGCCGAUUUAAAUGGCAUUGACGAUAUAGUCCUUUCUUAUGUGAUUUCUAUCCUGGAAGAAGCCUCGCAGGACCCAUGCUUUGAUGUAGAAGGGUUCAUAGAGAUGAUGGCAGCAUACGUGCCGGAGUUCGACCGCAUUGAGGCCGACCUGGUGCUGUCAUGGGUGCUGGAGCUGGAAGCCGAGCUGACUAGCCGCGGGGAGACUGACUCUCUGUCCCAUGACGACUCGGCUGGCAGCGACCGCAUCAGCCUGACGCUGCAGAGCCUCACGGAGAUGCUGCCGCCAGCCAACAAGGGCACCCGGUCACACUCCAACUCAUCCUCCUCAUCCGACGCGGCGGACUACCGGCGCCCUCUAGAGGACGACACGGACACGCUGUGGCACGAGCAGACGCGGGCGCUGGCCGACAUGUUCCCCAACACCGCCACCAUGGAGAUAAAGCACUGCAUCUCCAUAGCCCACGGCUCUCUCGAGCGGGCCGCCGCCACACUACUACACCGACGCGAGCAGGGCCAGGCGUUGUCGGCGGCCGCGCUGCACUGCGCCGCUCGAGCGCCCGAGAUCGACGACCGCGAGCUGAAGAGCCGGAUUAUUGCCCGUUAUUCCUACGUGGACAAGGAUGCCGAGACGAAGGAGCACAAGCCUCUGGCUCCCAAAAUCGAGCCAAAAAAGAUGGUUCGCUACCGAGACAACAAAAUAGUCUCGCUUAAGGGGGAGCGCUACACCGAGGUGCCCAAAUCGGGCGCCGACGAGGAAAACUUAAAGAAGCCCAAAAAACAGCACUGCCCUUAACCCAUACAAACGCGUCAGUUUCGUGAAAAAGCGGACGUAUCUCACUUUAUAUAUAUGUCCCUUUCUCUACUUAGUGGUCCCUUUCUGGCUUUAGACGCGAGGCCUGCUUGGCUCCUUGUUGGCAUCUGUCAUAGUCUAUGGUGCCUAGACUCUUUCCAAUGUUGCUUCCAAGGAGGCCUGGGUUUAAAGCCAUACUCCAUGGUAAUAAGUGUAUGUGGUAGGUACCUCUGUCUAAUCUAUGGACUGUGUAUGUGUAGUGUAGUGUUCCCGGCGCGACCUUACGUUUGUACUUUGAUUUCGUACCCGCUUUUUCCCGCGACUGAUUUUUGUACUAUUAAGUCACAAUUGCAUAGUGAAAACAUGGACUGUUUAAGUUAUAUAGUUAAGUUGACGUUAAUAUUAGUUUGCGUUUUAUUUAUUCUAAUCUUAACUGCUAGUCUUAAGUUGUACCGUCGAAAUGCGAACAGUAUUAAGUGCGUUCCUAUGGCAUCAGGUGUGUUAGUUCAUAGAAUUUUCACGGUGAAAAGUGUUCAAAAGUCUAAAAGAAUUGUAGGUAAAGAAAUGUGUGGUUGUAUGGAAUUGUGUGACGAUGCCAUAGUUAGUUCCGAACCAAUUUUGUGUGUGGACGCGUGGGGGGCUAAGACUGUUUCCAAUUAUUCGACUGAGCGGAACAGCAAAAGUGUAAGUCUUAGGCCCCGCGGCAGCCAUGUUGGAUUCCCCCUAGAUUUAAGUAUUGACUUCUGUCUUCAGCCUGUGAUUAUUAUUAAUUGUUACUAUUAUAAUUUUAUUACUAUUAUUGACAAUGUGAUUCCUAUAUUUUUAUUGUUUUUAUACACAUCUGUGAUUUUGAUGCCAUUGAAGUUUGUAGUUUUAAAUGACGGGUUUAUAAAAUCGUAUCGGUUAGUUUUAAGUAGUCAUCUUGUUUGUUUGUUUACAAUUAUUAUGAAUAAUAGUUUACGAGUCGAUACAAGUCGUUAAUAUUAAAUUCUAUCGUUUAAAUAAUGGAGGACCCUGUAAUUAUUUCAAUGAUGUAUCAAAUUAAAACAGGGUUGCCAGAUACAUACAAAAAACUUAUUUUUAUGAUUGUGAGUGAAGACAACAUAAUAAUGAAUUCUUAGAAAAAUUAAGGGGCCUGUUUUGCCCUAAAGUAACAUUUUUUCCUGACAAAUCAAUCGUAAUUGUAAUAAUUACAGGGAUCUUAUUAAAAUUGAAUGAACUAGGUCUCGAAUUUACUGAAUUCCGACAAACUCUGAUCUCAUAUAAUACUACUACGAAGACUAGAAUAAAAUACCUAUUUUUAUUUAUUUAUAUAUUUUCUGGUGUAUUCACAAUGUCCAAUUCUUAGGUGUAGGUAUGUAUCGAAUAAAAUCCUAAAUUUCAAUUGAUUUAUGAACUUUAUAGUAUGCCAUUUUACCAUAUUCAAUAAGGUUAGGUUUUGAUGUGUUAAGACAUCAGAAUCAAAUAAAAUACAAUUACAAAGAGUCUAACAUUGUUUUUGAGAACAAAUUACACCUAAGAAUUGGAUACAUUGACUGAAAAUACUUAGCCUCUCUAGCAUGAUCUGAUAUUCUUAUUUACAAAACAAAGUGUAAUAUUUUAAUCUGUAUAUUUUCGGAAUCUCAAACUUCAGAGAAAGUAUCGAAAUAUUUUAGCGACCAAUAAUUUUUGACAGUCAUAUAAAAAUUUAGCCAAGAUAUCGAUAUAGGUGCUAGGAAUAUAUGAGCACAUAUUUGUAAAAAUACAGUGAGUAAAAUACAUAGCUAGUAAAAUCAUACUGGUAUUAUAAAGUGGAAAGGUACCUAAAUUCAAUACAAUGCUUUAUGAGCCUGAAAAAAUGCAUUUUGAAAGUAGCAGUAAGAUUGUUAACUUUUAUGGCAGGUCGGAAAAAAUGCAGUAUUGAGUAUGAGUAUAUUUUUGUUUGCCUAAAUGUGGCUUAAGUGUAAUAAAUGACAUUAUGAAUUUACAACACUCACUGCAUUUUUAACAAGUGUUUGUUGGUUGCCAAAAUUCUUAGGUAAUAUUUAAAAAGGAAAUCUAAAUAUCAAAUGAUAUUUACAGCCCUUAGUAAAAUAAUCGUAUUGGUUGAUUAAAAUGUCUCAUAACCUUGUGGUAAAGAGUAUUUUACAUUGACGUUUGCCCUAACAUCCAACGUAAUUAUUAAUACUUUAAUACAGGCUCGAAUUUUAUCAGUGACUUUCGUAAAGCGGCCAUCGACCUGACCCCUUAGCAUGAAUUUUCAUCGUGAACGUGAAGUAAAAUUACUCGAUGAAUUUUGUAGGGAAAUUUUAGUUCUGCUACCGACCGCCAGGGGCGCUGUAUACAUUAAAACGCUCAUAUUUUAAAACAAAAUUUCUCGAUGAAUUCUACUACACGUUCACGAUGAAAAUUCAUGCUAAGGGGUCUGGCCGCUAGAACAAAACUUAUAAAAUUACAUCUGUAUAGGGCAACACUAUACUUUCCAUUUAUUAAAAACUGUUCUACUUGAUCUCACUGUAGAGGAUAGAAUCCUCGCAUUUAAAAAUAUCUUCUAUUGUUUAUUAAGUACUAUAGAUAAAAUUUAAUAUUGUAUUUAAUGAAAUAUACUUCGAGCGAAUUUUAUACAGAAAUGACAGUUUAUCUAUGACGUAUCGACACUUUUUGUUUUUUCAAGUUAUCUCUAUUUCUAAUUUACACUUUUCUGAAUACUUAUACUGAUUUCAAAAUAUUAUGAUUGUACUCUACAGGGUGUCUCAGUGAUAACACCUGAAGGCAAAGUAUAUCUUUAAUUCUUCAUGAGGCUUCUCUGUGGGCACCCUGUAUACACCGUGUAAAAAUUAGUUAUUGAACAACAAAAACUUACACUGUGUUUGUACUAGUCUUGUCCAUAUUAAAAAGACAUUUUAAGAUAAAAUUUACAUUAGAAUAAUUCGUCGAAAGCGCAAAAUCUAUUUAAUGGAAACUAGGUCAAAUCUUUUAUAAAUCAUUCAUAAAUUUGAACAUAGUAGAGUAAUUAUGGACAAGGUUAGACAUUCAUAAGUAAAACGUAUAUCAAACAUAUUGGCAUCAAAAUCACAGUUGCGUAAAGAAAAAUGGGGAUAGACGCGUAAAGAUGACAACAGAUGGCGCUACUCUCGAUAUACUCUCUUGUAAUUGGUUGUUUUAGCAGCCAUAUUGGAUGAUAGGAGAUUUUCUGACAGUUCAUAUAAUUCAAUCAUAGAUGGCGCUAGUAAAUCCUUGUAUGAACAUUAAUACUUAAUGGCGUUAGUAAAACCUUGUAUUGAGGUUCAUACAAUGUUUUACUAACGCCAUCUAUGAUUUAGUUCUUUUUUGAGCUGCCAGGAAAUCUAUUGAAUCAAAUGACGAAAGAAAACUUUUUUCUUUCCUCAUUAAUUGAAACCGAUGAUUGGUCGAGCUGUAUCGAAAGUGCUGCCUAAGUUUCGCAAAUCAACGUCCCCAUUGCAAAUACAUUCGUAUACCCGCAUUUAUAUUUUGUAUAAUUAAUUAUAUUUAAUUUAUGAGUAAUUUGUAUUUAGUUUUGAUAUUAUUAUUGUGUGUUUAACUGUUAGCGCGCACCUCAACCCCUCCUGUCGUGAUCAAUACAAUGUAUUGGAAUAUAUCAAAUAACA